UUUAAAAUGUCAAUUGUGCUAAAUGGCUGAUGAGUAAGGGUGGGAAAAAUAAAACUCAAUUGAUUUAAAUUGUAAGAAAAAAAUCUGAAGGUAAUUAGAUUCCUGGUCCUAUAAACGAAAUUGAAUUCCUCAGACGUUUAAUUCGAAAAUUUAUCAAUUUUUGUCCACUUAAAUUUCAAGAAAACUAAAAUUCGGGCAAAUAUUUUUUUAUGGCAGAGCUAAUGAUGAAGCGAAGGACUUUAGCAGGGACAUGUGGAUUGGGAAUCUUCGUAAUAGCUUUAGUAACAACUCUUGUAGCAUUUACAACACCAAGUUGGAUUGUGAGCGAUCAUCGAAUAACUGGAGCAAAACUAGAUAAACUGGGAUUAUGGGUACACUGUUUUCGUUCGUUACCAGAUAUACAAGAUGAUAAUAAUAGGAGAUUUUUUGUUGGAUGCAGAUGGGUCUAUGAUCCUUUUACUACCGGAUAUCAUGAAAUAAGAGGUUUCCUCCUACCAGCUUUCAUGAUAACAACGCAAUUUUUUUAUACAUUAUGUUUUAUUGGAGUUUUGGUGUCUUUAUGCCUAGCAUUGUUGUUUCUACUUUGUGCUGGACCUGAUCAAAAAUAUUUUAUACUAUUAAUUAGGAUAUUGAGUUAUCUUUUACUAGGAAGUGGUGUAUGUGGAGCAAUUGCAGUAAUAGUUUUCGCUUGCUUCGGUAAUUUAGAUGAUUGGAUGCCUGGACACGAUAAUAACUGGCUUGGUUAUUCUUUUGGUUUGGCUGUAGUUGGAACCGUUAUGUGUUUUGUUUCAGCAUCUCUAUUUUUAGUGGAAGCUUCGAUACAAACAGUAAAACGCAGGCAAUUUAGCGAAUCACAAACUGGUUUCGGAUUGGAAGUUAAAGCAUAACAUUCCAUUUUUACGUUAAUGCAUAAAUAUAAUAUACAUUAAAUUUUGACAUACAUUAUACGUGUUUAAAAAUGCAAUUGUAAUUUCGAAUCUUUUUUAUUACAUUAAGUAAAAUCAUUUUAAACUGUUUAGAAUAAUUUUUAAUAUUAGAUUUAAGUGAUUUAAUAAUCCGUCCAAAAUUUAUAUUAUAAUUUUUAUUAAGGAUUGACAAUAAAUUGUACAAAACUGAAAUUUUGUAAAAUAAAAUACAUACAUAAGUACAUUAUAAUAUUGCCGAAAUAUUUGUUGCUGCCU